AUGUCGAGAGUUACUUCCGGUCAUGUGAUAGCAACUGCAACGGCCGGUUCUUACCUGUUGGCACGACAAUUCGAACUUUCCGCCGUGCUCACCAUUGCCACCGCGCUAUCCAUCGUGUAUCCUUUAUACCUGAUUGUCUGGCUCGGUCUGAUAUUCCCCCGGUACCUGUCGGAACUUCGCUGUAUUCCCACGGUGCCGGGCUGUCCCAUCUGGGGCCAGUUUUUCACCAUUAUCUCGCAAGAAAUUGGUGUGCCGCAACGCAAGUGGCACCAAGACCACGGCCCCAUCGUGCGAUACUUCUUCCCCUUUGGAAACGAGCGUCUCUCGGUUGCGGACGAUGAGGCUCUCAAGCACUUGACGGUCAAAAACCCCUAUAACUACCCCAAACCGACCCGAGCGAAGCUCUGGAUGGUCAGGGUGCUGGGCGAGGGUGUUCUCCUCGCUGAAGGCAAUGAACAUGCACAUCAGCGCAAGUCGCUGGCUCCCGGCUUUUCAAUCCAGGCUAUCCGCCAACUCGCCCCCAUUUUCUGGGAGAAGUCCCUGCUCAUGUCCAAGAUGUGGCAGCAAGAGAUGGCAACAGAGCAGGUACAAACCAAGUCGUACGAGAUCCUCAACUGGCUGAACCGCGUGACACUCGAUGUCAUCUCGGGGGCCGGGUUCGGCUACGACAUCAACUCGCUCGAGAACCCGGACACACGGAUACGCGAUGCGUACAAGCUGGUGUUCAACUUUGACGUCUUCUCGCACAUUAUGCACGGCAUCCAGACCUUCGUUCCGGCCUCGCGCUACCUCCCCGUCAAGAUGAACCGCGACAUCAACGUGGCGCAGCGCAUCAUCCUCGACAAGGCGACUGAGAUCAUCCAGCGGCACGAGAGCGACGAAGUGGCCAACACGGGCGGCAAGGACGUCAUCGCCCUCAUCGCGCGCGAGAACAAACGCCUGAAGGAAAAGGGCGAGCGCGGAUUGUCCUUCGAGACGAUGCGUGACCAGGUCAUGACGUUCCUGGGCGCGGGGCACGAUACCACCGCCACGGGACUGGCCUGGACGCUGCAUCUGCUGUCGACGCACCCGGUGUCCCAAUCACGACUGAGAGAAGAAGUCAGGGAGCACAUGCCCUUCCUCUUCAACAAGGACACGCGCUUCGACCCGGACCUGAUCCUGCACGCCGACGCCGACAGGCUGCCUUUCCUCGACAACGUCUGCCGCGAAUCGCUGCGCUACAUCCCGCCCAUCCCCAUGACGGUGCGCCAGGCCGUCGACGAGGACAUGCUCGGGGCGUACAAGAUUCCCAGCGGCACCGUGGUAUACAUCAUCGCCAACGCCAUCAACCGUAUGCCCAUGUACUGGGGCGAUGACGCAGACCAGUUCAACCCGGACCGCUGGGACGAUCUGCCCAAAACCUUCACCACCAAUGCAUACAUGAGUUUCCUGCAGGGGCCGCGGGGUUGCAUCGGCAAGAAGUUCGCUGAGACCGAGAUGAAGAUUCUGCUGUGUUGCCUGUUGAGCGUUUUCGAGUUUCGGCGAGACGAGGACACGCCCGAUCCCGAAGAGUGGAAAAUGUGGAGGUUGGUUUUGAAGCCCAAAUAUGGCAUUACGGUCAAGGUAACUAUUCUGUAA